AUGCCUUCCCUCGCCUCCUUCACCGACCCCAAGGCCUACCACAUCCUCAGCUAUGGCACCCUCCUCGGCUCAACGUUCUUCCAAACGUUCAUGGCAGGUCCCUUAGCCUACAUGUGCCUACCCAAACCACAAUUCUCGACCCUCCAGCAGAAGAUCUUCCCACCUUUCUUCGCCUUGCAGACCGCUUUGCCUCUGCUCAUGGCACUGACAUGGCCGGGCGAGAAGAUUGCAGGCGCAGCCGGAAUGGGCGUGAUGAGACAGAAUACUGGGUGGAGAGGGUUGAUGGAGGACAGUAAUCUAUGGACAGCAUUAGUGCCGAUUGGAUUGAUGUUUGGCACGUCGUUGUUGAAUUUGGUGGUGUUGGGACCGGCGACGACGAAGGUUAUGCGGGAUAGGAAACAUCAGGAGACAAGAGACGGCAAGAAAUACUACGACCCUGGACCAAAGUCUGCAGAGAUGCAAAGGAUGAACUCGUCGUUUGCAAAGCUCCACGGCGCGAGCUCAAUGGCGAAUGUCGUUGGACUGGCUGCGAUGCUGUUCUACGGUGUUGUUUUGGGAGAGAUGUUAUAG